UUUCAAGAGGUUUUCUGUUUUUGUCGAAUUUCCACGACUUUCUUAGUCAUGUCCAGCUCCGGCGCCAAUCCCUUCUCCCAUUUCGAGGAAUCCUUCACACAAGACGGCAACGUCUACAAGUAUUUUGAUCUGCCAAAAAUUGACAACAAAUAUGAUUCAUUACCCUUCUCUAUACGCAUUCUGCUGGAGUCUGCGGUGCGGAACUGUGACAACUUCCAGGUGCUGGAAAGGGACGUGAAGAGUAUUUUGGACUGGACGCCUGCCGUGAGGCAGGGGACCAACGAUGUCGAGGUUUCCUUCAAGCCAGCGCGUGUCAUACUCCAGGACUUCACCGGAGUGCCGGCAGUGGUGGACUUUGCAGCAAUGAGGGAUACUGUCCUCGAUUUGGGCGGCAAUCCCGAGAAGAUCAAUCCCAUCUGCCCCGCCGACCUGGUGGUCGAUCAUUCCGUUCAGGUUGACUUUGCUCGCGUCUCGGAUGCCCUAGCGAAAAACCAAUCGCUGGAGUUCGAGCGCAACAAGGAACGAUUUACAUUCCUCAAGUGGGGCGCCCGGGCGUUCAACAACAUGCUGAUUGUGCCCCCGGGCUCCGGCAUUGUGCAUCAGGUGAACUUGGAGUACUUGGCCCGCGUUGUCUUUGAGAACGAUGCCACGGAUGGCUCGAAGAUCCUCUAUCCCGACAGCGUCGUUGGCACCGACUCCCACACGACCAUGAUCAAUGGUCUGGGCGUGCUCGGUUGGGGUGUGGGCGGCAUUGAGGCGGAGGCCGUGAUGUUGGGACAGUCGAUCUCCAUGCUACUGCCCGAAGUCAUUGGCUACAAGCUGGUCGGAAAGCUCGGUCCCCUGGCCACCUCAACCGAUUUGGUGCUGACCAUUACCAAGCAUCUGCGUCAGCUGGGCGUCGUUGGCAAGUUCGUGGAGUUCUAUGGUCCCGGUGUGGCUGAGCUGAGCAUCGCCGAUCGUGCGACCAUCAGCAACAUGUGCCCCGAGUAUGGAGCCACCGUUGGCUACUUCCCCAUCGACGAGAACACGCUCAGCUACAUGCGGCAGACGAAUCGAUCUGAGAAGAAAAUCGAUAUCAUUCGGGAGUAUCUGAAGGCCACGCGACAGUUGCGAGAUUACUCUCUGGAAGAUCAGGAUCCCACGUACACAGAGACUGUUACCUUGGAUCUUUCCACAGUGGUCACAUCGGUUUCGGGCCCCAAACGGCCGCACGAUCGCGUCUCCGUUUCGAGCAUGUUUGAGGAUUUCAAAGCGUGCCUCACCAGUCCCGUGGGCUUUAAGGGAUUCGCUAUAUCGCCAGAUGCUUUGGCCGCCAGCGGAGAGUUCCAAUGGGAUGAUGGGAAAACCUACAAGAUACGUCAUGGGUCCGUGGUCAUUGCAGCGAUUACUUCCUGUACGAACACAUCGAAUCCAUCCGUGAUGCUGGGCGCCGGUCUGCUGGCUAAGAAUGCCGUGGAGAAGGGGCUCAGCAUUUUGCCGUACAUCAAGACAUCGCUGUCGCCGGGAUCUGGUGUGGUUACCUAUUACCUGAAGGAGUCGGGCGUCAUUCCAUACCUGGAGCAGCUGGGCUUCGACAUUGUCGGCUAUGGCUGCAUGACCUGCAUUGGCAACUCGGGACCGCUGGAGGAGAAUGUGGUAAACACCAUCGAGAAGAACGGUCUCGUUUGCUGCGGUGUUCUGUCCGGCAAUAGGAAUUUCGAGGGUCGCAUACAUCCCAACACGCGGGCCAACUAUCUGGCCAGUCCCCUGCUGGUGAUUGCCUAUGCCAUAGCUGGACGCGUGGACAUUGACUUUGAGACGCAGCCACUGGGCGUGGAUAGCAGCGGGAAGAGUGUGUUCCUGCGUGAUAUUUGGCCGACACGCAGCCAGAUUCAUGAGGUGGAGCGCAAACACGUCAUUCCGGCCAUGUUCCAGGAGGUCUACAGCAAAAUCGAACUUGGCUCUGAGGAUUGGCAAACCCUUGAGGUCUCCGAUAGCAACCUGUAUCCCUGGAGCGGAGCGUCCACUUAUAUCAAACGACCUCCCUUCUUUGAGGGCAUGACCAGGCAACUGCCGAAGCUGGGUAGCAUUGAGAGAGCGCGCUGCCUGCUCUUCCUGGGCGACUCUGUGACCACUGAUCACAUUUCGCCAGCGGGCUCCAUUGCCAGAAAUUCUCCGGCUGCGCGCUAUUUGGCCGAACGCAAUCUUACACCUCGGGACUUCAACUCGUAUGGUUCGCGACGCGGCAACGAUGCGGUGAUGGCCCGUGGAACCUUCGCCAACAUACGCCUGGUGAACAAACUGGCCUCAAAGACCGGGCCGCGAACAGUGCACAUACCCAGCCAGCAGGAGAUGGAUAUUUUCGAUGCCGCCGAUCGAUAUCGGGAGGAGGGAACGCCCUUGGUGUUGGUUGUCGGCAAGGAUUACGGCAGUGGCAGCUCCCGCGACUGGGCCGCCAAAGGUCCGUUUCUCCUGGGCAUAAAGGCUGUCAUUGCGGAGUCGUACGAGCGUAUACAUCGAUCGAAUUUGGUCGGCAUGGGUAUCAUUCCCCUGCAGUUCCUGCCGGGCCAAGGCGCAGAGUCCUUGAACCUGACCGGUCGGGAGCUGUAUAACAUUGCCCUCCCCGAGAGCGGAGAAUUGAAGCCGGGCCAGAGAGUUCAAGUCGAGGCCGAUGGUAUUGUUUUCGAGACGACGCUGCGCUUCGACACCGAGGUGGACAUUACGUACUACAAGAAUGGCGGUAUUCUAAACUACAUGAUACGAAAGAUGCUGGACUAGAUCAUAUUUGUAUCUUUUUUUUUUAUAUUCCAAGUGCAUUUCUAACAAAAAUA